AUGGCCGAGGAUUUUGCCUCCAUCCCUGCGAUCGACUUCUCUCUGUCAAGAUCUCCAGAGACCAAGCCUCAGUUUCUGUCAGAUCUCCGGCAUGCCGUGGUGAAAGUGGGCUUUUUCUAUCUCAAGAACCAUGGUAUCAACGAAGAAAUCCAGCGCCAACUGGUUUCCGAGUCAAUCAGAUUCUUUGACUUGCCAGCGGAAGAGAAACAGGAGAUCGCCAUUGCGAACAACAAACAUUUCUUGGGCUACGUUGGAUUCACUGCCAAAUCAGGCGACACCUUUGAUCACCGAGAGACAUUCACAGUAGGUUUCCGCACCUUCUUCACAUCGCAUAACAGAGCCAUGUCUAAUGUACUUCAAUCAAUCUAG